AGCGUCAGAUUCACAAGUGAGGGCAGAGCUGGGAUAGGCGACAUUUGCAUACGACAUAUCGGCACCCAAAACAUCGUCAUGGACGACAUACAACAAGAAGAAAGCGACUAGAAAUCUACAUCAAUCAACAGUAAUCCAAACACACUUUGUUCUCCAUAGAACUUGAUUCUUUAGCUUGGUCUGGUCAUGAACUGAAGUACUUUAUCCCUCGCACAGUUGCCUUUGCACACCGUUAUUCAAAUUCCACGGUUCACGUCUUUUCGUCGUUUUAUCACCCACCUCAAUUUUAUUCAAUUACUUUAAACUUUUAUUCAUUUUUGGUACUUUAAUCGCAUACGAAAAUGGUGCGACUACUCCCUAAGGAUCGCAAACUAAGAAGAUGGGUGAUCUUUAUUUUAAUUAUCACUUUCAUCAUGGUUGCGUCGUUAUUGAUUUAUUCCGUGGUGGCCAGCACGAAACACAAACCAGAUAAUCCAACCCCUCCUCCGCAUAUCUACGAAGAUCCUGUCGCCUUUCACGUCUACAGUCGAGGAAACUAUACUGAAGUGAACAGCACCAUCCGUUACGAAAACUCAUACGUUAACACAGGAUCGAUGAACUUGACAACGGGAGUCUUUCUUGCGCCCACUGAUGGUACUUACGUCUUCAAUUUCAUCGCGCCACGUUAUAGCAACACCACAAACGACGUGUUGUGUCUUAACGUCCGACUGGAUCGAAAUGGUUUGCCGAUCGGAAAUGGCCCCAUUUGCGGACAUGAUUACGAACAAUGGACGCCGGCUUCGUUCAAUGCCGUUCUCAACCUGAAAUUGAAUGACACUGUCGAAAUGUUUCUGGAGCAAGGAGCGAUCAUAGCAAGUAAGGGGUCGGAUCCUCCGCGCACCCAUUUUACAGGAUUUUUGCUGGAAGGAGAAUCAGCAUUCCACGUGUUCCGCACUGUUGAUUCCUUCGCCAGUAGGAAGAAUGAAACAAUACCUUUUCAUGGGCUUAACACGGACAUUGAGAGCAAUUUUAAUCUUACUACGAGCACAUUUAAAGCCCCAGUAAAUGGCACGUAUUUCUUCCAGUUUUCCGGGUCCAGUUCCAUCACAACGGACGUGAUUUUAGUGAGGAACGACGACGAACCGAUGGGUUAUGGUUACACUAGAAACACUCACUGGGGAUCUGCCGGUUUUCAUACUUUGUGGCCAUUGCAGCAGGGAGACAAGGUCUACGCCAGACUUAAUACGGGGCAACUUGACGAAGCUGACAGAGAUUUAAAAAUUACGAAUCUGUUAGGUUUCAUUGUAGCAGACGAAAUAUCCGAGUUAACGAACUCAUCGAUUCAUUUUCACGUCAUUCGAACUUCUGAAAUGUACGUGGGUAGGCCCGACGGCAUCGGCCAAGUGAUCAAUUAUACUAGAAUCAUUUCUAAUGAAAGGGACGGGAUGGACGCGAAUUCUGGAAUUUUCAAGGCGCCGGAAUCGGGAGUCUAUGCAUUCCAUUUCACUAGCCACAGGGGUAAUAGAUACAUCGGUGGCCCCAAUGCGUGCAGCACAGUUAUUCAAAUGCGCAACAAUGAAACAAUAGGUACCAGCAGCAACUGUCACUCAACGUAUUCCGCACCAAUUUUCUUCCACUCGGUUCUAUCGCUCGACACAAACGACGAGAUCAAAAUGCUGCUGCACGAAGGUGACAUAAAUGCCGUUUACGAACAUAAAAUGUGUGCCCGAUUUUCUGGGUUCCUGAUUUAUACCACGUAAUGUCAAACAUCAAUUCAAUUCCCUUCGAAAUAGCUGUAAUGGUGUGUUGACGUUUUUCAAGAAAUCUACUGAACCCUUAUACUGUGCCCUUCAAUUCAAUUCAAUUUGGGAUGCUCAUUUCCUCGCAGUGGUAGUUUAUGCAAUACCGAGCAAUGGCUGUGCUACGACAAGGAAUUAGGAACUUUUCAUCUAGAAACGUCGUUCUGUUGGUUAUAUGUUGCUGUCAGACAUGACGACAAAAACACUACACGUUUGAAAAUUUAGAGACAUUGUCGUGGAUGACGUUCAACAGGAAAAGAGCGACUGCUGAUCUAUCUGCUAUCAACAAAUAUCCUUUUUGAAUUUUAUCACUUACGAAAAUGGCGCGCAUACUCCCCAAGGAUCGCAAACGAGAUAUAUGGGCGAUUAUUUUAUUAAGCGUUGCUUUCUUGGUAGUUGCGUCGUUGGCGAUUUAUGCCGUGGUGGCCAGCACGAAAAAUGAUCCAGAACCUCCGACUUCUUCGCCAACUAUAACCUCUCCUCCGGACACAACUUCUCCCCCGGAGACAACUUUUCCUCCACAGACAACUCCUCCUUCGUGUACAACUCCUUAUCCAGAUAUAACCACUCCUCCUUCUACAAGCCCUCCUAUUCCGGAUACAACCUUUAAUCCGGAUACUACCUCUAAUCUGGAUACAACCUCUCAUCCGGAUGAAACUUCACCUCCAGAAACAACUCCUCUUCUGUGUACAACCACUCCAAUGUCCACAAUCCCCCCUACCUCCUCUACAACCCUUCUUCCGCCGUAUGAAGGUCCUGUCGCCUUUCACGUCUAUAGUCGAGGAAGCUAUGCUGAAGUGAACAACACUAUCCGUUAUGAAAACUCGUACGUUAACACAGGAUCGAUGGACUUGACAACGGGAGUCUUUCGCGCGCCCACUGAUGGUACAUACGUCUUCAAUUUCGUCGCGCCUCGUUCUAGCAACAGCAUGAACGACUUUUGUCUGAACUGGAUCGAAAUGGUUUGCCGAUUGGAAAUGGUCCCAUUUGCGGAGAUUCCUACGAAGAGUGGACGCCGACUUCGUUCAAUGCCGUUCUCAACCUGAAAUUGAAUGACACUGUCGAAAUGUUUCUGGAGCAAGGAGCGAUCAAAGCAAGUAAGGGGUCAGAUCCUCCGCGCACCCAUUUUACAGGAUUUUUUCUGGAAGGAGAAUCAGCAUUCCACGCGUUCCGCACUGUUGAAUCCUUCGCCAGUAGGAAGAAUGAAACAAUUCCUUUUUAUGGGCUUAACACGGACAUUCAGAGCAAUUUUAAUGUUACAACGAGCACAUUUACAGCCCCAGUAAAUGGCACGUAUUUCUUCCAGUUUUCCGGGUCCAGUUCCAUCACAACGGACGUGAUUUUAGUGAGGAACGACGACGAACCGAUGGGUUAUGGUUACACUAGAAACACCCACUGGGGAUCUGCCGGUUUUCAUACUUUGUGGCCAUUGCAGAAGGGAGACAAAGUCUACGCCAGACUAAAUACAGGGCAACUUGACGAAGCUGACAGAGAUUUGAAAAUUACGAACUUCUUGUGCUUCAUCGUAUCAAACGUAAUGUCUGAUUCAAGGAACUCACCGAUUCACUUUCACGUCAUUCGAACUUCCUCACUCUACACGGGUAGACCUGACGGUAUUGGCCAACUCAUAAAUUACACUAGAAUAAUUACAAACGAAGGAGAAGGAAUGGACGUAAGUACCGGAAUUUUCAAGGCGCCGGAAUCGGGGUUAUAUGCAUUGCAUUAUACUAGCCACCGGGGUAAUUCUUACAUCGGUCCCAAUGCGUGCAGCACCGUUAUUCAAAAGCUAAACAAUGAAACAAUUGGUGCUGGGAGCAACUGUCACUCGACGUAUUCCGCACCAAUUUUCAUUCACUCGGUUCUAUUGCUCCAGAAUAACGAUGAGAUUAAAAUGCUAUUGUAUGAAGGUGACAUAAAUGCUGUUAUUGAUCAUCAAAUGUGUGCCCGAUUUUCUGGAUUCCUCAUUUAUUCCACUUAAGGUAACACCAUACUUUGAA